UCUUCAUUGUCGCCGCACCACCAUGACUUGAGCCUUGCUGCUACCCCACUUCUUCUCUCCUCUCUUCUACAACCCGAGUCUCGCCCUUAGCACUUAUAAUCGUAAUACCAUCGCGCCAUGCCUCCCCUCGUGCGCCGCGCACCGCUCUCGGAACGCAUCAAAGCCUACUUCGACCUGUCCGACUGGCUCAUCUGGAUCUCUGAAGAACUCAACAGCUCUGACUGGGAGGACUUCGCAUCCGCAUAUGCGCUCUACAUCGGCUUCGGCGCAAACCUCCUCUUCGUACUCGCUCAGGCCAACAGCGGCGCAUCCACGGCUUCGGACGACGAUGGUGUCUUCAACGAGGUGCAGGGUCCCGGAUGGAUAAAGUGGAUCAUGGGCUUGCUGGUCUUAGUCUUGGGCGCAGCCAGCUUUGGCAACGCGUUUAUGGUCUGGGGUAAGAGGAGGUAUUACCGUCUCUUCGAGCAGAGUGUGGAUGUUGCGCCACAGACCCCCAGCGCAAAGCGCGUCCGAGUCGACUCAUCGCCUGCCGCAGCAAGCCCGAUGCAGUUGGUGAGAGGAUUGGUACAGAACAACGCGGCGAGCAGAGCACAUCCUGUCGAGGGCAGGGACGUCUGGGAAGUCGCCGUUUGGGACCCAAACCCGCUAUGCCUGGAGCUGUUCUGCCUGUUCAGCCCGUUGCAUGUGGUGCUUUACUACUUCAACCUCCCAGUCGCUCCCUUAGAUCCCAGACCGAGCGUCAGGGUGACCACGACAAUCUUCAUCGGAGCCGCGCUCUCACUGCAUCUUUGGUGGCUUAGGAGCUCCUUUAUGCAGCAGGCCAAGGACAACUCUCUUAUUAGUCGCCAGGUGCUUCACGAGUACGACAGCAAAUUCGUCCACCCCUCACUACAGAAGCCAUGCCGCGAUGUCGGAAUCCAGACCAUCUCGACAAACCGAACCCGAGACUCGAGCGUCGGUGUCAAGGGUAGUAGCCACGGACUUGCGAGCUCAAUCGUCACAUAUACACCAACCACUAUUGUGAACCGCAAAACCUUCCGCACAAACCCGAAUGUAAGCUAUGCCUCGCAGUACGACCCUGAUAACAUGGAAUCACCAUCUGUCACACGCUCCUCGAGACGAAGAUCCUCGGUCCACCAAGAUCGUAGCACAUCACAAUACACAACCACCUCCACAGCCACAGACGCCGACUUUUCCUCUCCAAUACGACCCUCGCAAACGCCCAAUCCCUUCCGUCAAGCACCUACCAUCCCCCGAACCAACACCAAGCCCGCCGACGGCGGAUACCUGGGGAUCAACACCCAUGCCGCGUCUCCUUUACGAAAGUCGGCAAGUGCAAACUUCUCAAGAGAUGGCGAGAGGAGCGCCAGCCGUGGCAGGGAUAGCCUUGGUGGCGCUUUCGAGCGCAGGGCUAGUCCGAGCAAGCGGGAUGUCAGCCCUCUGAAGAGAAUAAGUCUUGGCAAUCUGGGCGCUGAGAGGGAGAGGAGCGAGAAGACUCUAGGCCAGUCGGCGAGCUUGGGCAGGAGUAGCCAGUAUGGAAGCCUUGGUGUCGGACGAAGGGAGAGCGGAAGGUACUGAAGAAGUACGGCUCAGUGUGUGUUCAUGUAAGAACCCGAGGUCCGCACGAAGAAGUGCGUGUACAGUAGUAAGAUGUGAGUUCGUUCAGUUCAUGUAUAUUUUACUAUCUACAAUACCCAAGAUGAGCGACCAUCAUGGCGCUCUUCCAUUACAGAAUCUCAUUAAUCACAUAGCUCAAUGUGUACCUUUUUUUGAACACUCAGCGAUCACCAUGGGAUUAUCGGCAAACGUUUUCGAAACACUCACUCAUGUGUGCAUGUCACGUUUCCGCUUGGCCAGUCCAUCUAUAUAAAUGUCCACCCAUCCCUCAUACAUUCUUCCUUCAUCACUCCACAGUUCUUACUUAUUUCCAAAACCCAG